CCAAUCAGGUAAAGCUCAGUCGCACUUUCAGGAAGAGCGAAGCAAACAACGUUAUCGGUAGCUGAUACAAUUUCACUGAAAUAAUAUAAUGUCCUUGACCGUUUUAAAGUCUUCUUCUAGACUGAAGUCCAUCUGCAGACUGCAGCGGAUUCAGGGCCACAUGAUGUCGAGUCAGGCGGAAGCAGAGGUUCUCCUGGAGAAAGUGGGGAACGCAGGUGUGAUCACCAUGAACAGGCCUAAGGUCCUAAAUGCCCUCAACCUGUCUAUGAUCAGACAGAUCUAUCCUCAGCUAAAGGAAUGGGAGGAAGAUAAUGAGACGUGCAUUGUCAUGAUAAAAGGCGUGGGAGGAAAGGCUUUUUGUGCUGGUGGAGACAUCAGAGCGGUCACAGAAGCGGGGAAGGUUGGAGGCUCUCUUGCUCAGGACUUUUUCCGUGAGGAAUACAUCCUGAAUAACGCUAUAGGAACCUGCAAGAAACCAUUUAUUGCUCUUAUUGAUGGAAUAACAAUGGGAGGGGGCGUUGGCCUGUCAGUUCACGGACAGUUUCGAGUGGCCACUGAGAAGACGUUGUUUGCCAUGCCGGAGACUGCUAUCGGUCUGUUUCCGGAUGUUGGAGGCGGCUAUUUUCUGCCACGACUCCGGGGGAAGUUGGGUCUGUUUCUGGCCUUGACCGGUUUCCGUCUCAAAGGGCGAGACGUGCAGAGAGCUGGAGUUGCCACUCACUUUGUAGAGUCGCAGAAGAUUCCCGAGCUAGAGAGGCAGCUGGUGGACUUGAAGUGUCCUCGUUCUGAAGAUGUGUUCAGAGUGCUGGAAUCUUACCAGGAUCAGAGUAGUCUGGACUCUGACAAACCUUUUGUCUUGGAAAAGCACAUGUCUGAUAUUAACAGGCUCUUCAACUCCUUCAGUGUGGAAGGCAUCGUGCACAACCUGAAGGAAGACGGCUCGGAGUUUGCCAAGAAACAAGCUGAGAUGCUGUCUAGGAUGUCGCCCACGUCACUGAAGAUCACCUUUAAGCAGCUGCAGGCCGGUGCUGCUCUGAGCCUGCAGGAUGUGCUGGUGAUGGAGUAUCGACUGAGCCAAUCCUGCAUGAGGGGCAGAGACUUUUAUGAAGGUGUACGAGCUGUUCUGGUUGACAAGGACCAGAAUCCUAAAUGGAAUCCGCCAACAGUGGAGGAGGUGACUGAGCAGAUGGUGGAGGAGUGCUUCAUGUCGCUGGGAGAGAAGGACCUGAGGUUCUGACGUGAAGAUGUUAAACUGCUGUUCUCCAUCAUCACUGUUAUUACUGAAGAUCAGACCUGGACCGCAGAGGAAGGUGGACUUUUCAAAAGAACAAACAUUUAAAGUGUGUUAAACAUUCUGGUGACAUUUCAGAGGAACAUUUCUAGAAGAGUUAGAGAAGGAAUCUGAGCUGGCAGCAGGACGGAUGGUGAUUU